CAUAUUCUGCCACCAUGAAAGGAGGAGGCUGAGAGGAUUUUUACACUUCAGCCUUCUGGGGCCGUAAAAAAGAUGACUUACAGCCAUUUGCUUUACUGUCCCUGCACAGGGCCAACCUCAUCAUGGUCAGCUCCACCGCCCUUCCCCCUCGCCUCGUCCCUGAGUUAACUGCCUGUCCGCACCAGAAUGAGCCGGCUGUAAACCACACCGGGUCUAUUAAUUAAUUAAUGUACCCUAACUGCAAGGCUGGCUCCCUCCAUUGUGGAGGAGCCGUUCUCAGUGAGCGACAGAGUUCUGGAGGUUUGGUUCCUGCAGUGUAGCAGACAGAGAAGCAGAUAGCUUUGGAUUGGAGGGAAGUAAUCAAUCACCUGAAGGGCCAUUGUGGUCUUGUCCUGUACACGGCGCCACUGCGAGCAGCCACACAGGCAGAGAACGAAGGAGGAAGAGGAGGAGACGGGACAGGGGGCUGAGAGGAGAACGACGGGGAGAGAAUGGUUGGGGAGCAGCCCAUGUGCCCCCCUCAGCUCCUGCUCCGGGGCUGGGGACCGGUGCUGCUGUCUCAGUGCUUGUCCUCCGUCUUCUCCCAGAUCCCGGAUCCGGAGCUUCUACCCACAGAUCCCCCGAAGAAGCCGGACCCCAUCACGUCGGAGACGGUUGUUUUCUGGGGGCUGCGGUUAUGGCAGGUCAUCGGCAUCUUCUCCAUGUUUGCUUUGGCAGUUGUCAUCACGCUCUGCUGCAUUUUCAAAUGCCGCAUCCCGAGGACAAAGAAGGAAAUCGAAGCGCGGCACGCACAAAGACAAGCUGCCAAGAAAUAUGCCAAUACGUUAGAGACAGUGCCACCUCUCAACGAGCUGACGGAGAUCCCCGGAUCGGCAAAGCCAGGGGAGAAAAAAGAGGAGGUCCCCACGGUGUCUGGGAAGGUGGAGGCCGAGAAGGGGGAGAAGAAGGGCAAAGGGGGCAAGAAGGAGAAGGAGGGCAAGGGUGCCAAAGAGGGGAAAGGAGACGAAAAGGAGGCGCCGGCGAAAAAGAAGGAAGAGAAAAGUGAAAAAGGAGCCUCCAAAAAAGAGGGCGGCGAAGGAAAAGGGAAGAAGGGGGAAAAAGGGGGCAAUGCUGGGGCAAAAGGCGGGGGCAGGAAAGCUCAGAAGUGAACUCUGCCAUCCUGUGAACUCUAUUUUAUAGACAUGUACAUACUUCUUUUUUUAAAUGGGAAAC